CUAAAACGUUGUUUGCCAGAGCGACAUUUCCGUUGGCAUAUUCAGAAUGUGUGCUGCUAAUUUAGAAACCACAUCUUUGGACUAUGUCCAUGAUUAUACACAGUUCCAGAAGCAUGACCAGGAGAUACGCAACCUCAUCAAGCUUGAGUUGGAGGAAAUGUCAAAGGACAAAGACUACAAUGUGCAACAUCAGACUCGUUUAGAUGAAGUUUUUGACCAGCAAAAUUUAUAUGUAUCCCCCUUUUCCCGUGAUAUUGCUAGCAGAAACGUGGAGGUGAGCGAAAGCUUCACUUUGGGAGGAGUUGACCUUGGCCGGUACCAGGAAGACAGUGAAAGAGAUCCGGUGAGGCUCCAAGUAAUCAUCACCUACCACCAGAUGCACCAGAAUUCCCUUCGGGCGUUGGACCAGCAAUUGUCUCACGCAUCGCAGGAGAUCCUUCGGACCGCAGCCGGUACGGUUGAAAGCUCCGAACAAAGCCUCCAGAGCGUGAACGCACAGAUCGAAGAGGUGAAUAAGGAAAGGUAUGAGCUACAGACUCGGUUUAAAUCCACACAUGAGUACUUGCAGGCGCAAUGGGAGAAGUCUAUUAAGAACGUGGUUGAUAUGGGUGUCGAAAGCUCGCGGUUGGAGUUCGAACAGAUGCACCUGGAAUAUAUGGAGCUUGCUGAUGGAGUUGACAGCACGGAGCCAGAAUUAAAGAAGCAGAGAGUAGCGUGAGGAUGCUAACGCUAUUUACUUGAUAAGCCUUAAGGCUUGAAAGAAGGAUACGAAUCUAUUUAAUCAGCUUCAGAAGCAACAUUGUUGAAAGUGAGCCAUUAUGAUCCCAUGUUUCUCCAUUAUAAUGAAUUUAUGAAUCUAGCACUAUGUAAGUUCAAUUUC